GGCUACGAAAGCUGUUUUCUGAUUGGGUUAUCAAGAAGCGGGGCGGACUCAAGCGGGCUGUUAGGAUUAACCACUUAACUGCCGAUCAAAAGAGAUGCAGCAUUAUAUCGUUAAAUAAAAACAUUAAAAAGCGAAGUCCUUGUACAUCUUUUUAAAAGAAAACGCGAUGCUGCAAAGAGUAAGGCCGUUGUGGUACCUCUUGCGAGGCUCUCGAACGCUAAUACCGGCUUUGCCUCGGCUGUAUCACGGUGACAGUGUUGCAGCUAUCGGUUCCCAGUUUGACUACAACUCGGCGCUUUUCCAGGAAAAUUAUGAACGAAUGAAUGCUUUAGUUACCCAGCUUAAAGAACGUGCUGAAAAAAUCAGACUAGGUGGUGGAGAAAAGGCCAGGGCUUUGCACACAUCAAGAGGAAAGCUGCUCCCAAGAGAACGUAUUGACAGGCUACUUGAUCCAGGCUCCCCAUUUUUGGAGUUUUCCCAGUUUGCAGCCUAUGAAUUAUAUGGCAAUGAGGAAGUGCCAGCAGGAGGGAUCAUCACAGGCAUUGGGCGAGUAUCAGGUGUAGAGUGUGUUAUUGUUGCUAAUGAUGCUACCGUCAAAGGUGGAACAUAUUAUCCCAUCACAGUAAAGAAACAUCUUCGGGCACAAGAAAUUGCGCAACAGAAUAGCCUACCCUGUAUAUAUUUAGUUGAUUCAGGAGGAGCAAACUUGCCACGUCAGGCAGAUGUAUUUCCUGAUCGGGAUCACUUUGGACGCAUUUUUUUUAACCAGGCCCGAAUGUCUUCAAAGGGCAUAUCACAGGUAGCUGUUGUCAUGGGUUCCUGUACGGCAGGUGGGGCUUAUGUGCCUGCAAUGGCUGAUGAAAGCAUCAUUGUCAAAAAUCAAGGCACAAUUUUUCUUGGAGGUCCACCUUUGGUGAAAGCAGCAACUGGAGAAGAAGUCUCUGCAGAGGAUCUUGGUGGUGCAGAUCUGCACUGCAGGAGGUCUGGUGUCACAGAUCAUUAUGCUAUAGAUGACAAUCAUGCUCUUCAUUUAGCCAGAAAAAUUGUGAGGAACCUGAAUUAUGUGAAGAAAGUUAAUGUUUCCAUAGAGCAGCCAGAGGAACCUCUGUUCCCAACAGAUGAAAUAUAUGGCAUUGUUGGAGAUAAUUUAAAACGGAAUUUUGACAUAAGAGAGGUUAUUGCAAGAGUGGUAGAUGGCAGUAAAUUUGAUGAAUUCAAGGCCUUAUAUGGAGACACAUUGGUGACAGGAUUUGCAAGAAUAUUUGGUUACCCAGUUGGAAUAAUUGGAAACAAUGGCGUUUUAUUUUCAGAGUCUGCAAAAAAGGGAACUCACUUUAUUCAGUUAUGCUGCCAAAGGAAUAUCCCACUCAUUUUCUUGCAGAAUAUCACAGGCUUCAUGGUAGGAAGAGAAUAUGAAGCUGGAGGGAUAGCAAAAGACGGUGCAAAGAUGGUAACAGCUGUAGCUUGUGCUAAUGUUCCUAAAAUUACUGUAAUCAUUGGUGGUUCUUAUGGUGCUGGAAAUUAUGGAAUGUGUGGUCGAGCCUAUGGGCCAAGGUUCCUGUAUAUGUGGCCAAAUGCACGCAUUUCAGUAAUGGGAGGAGAGCAAGCAGCAACUGUUUUGGCAACAAUUACAAAAGACCAAAAAGCUAGAGAAGGGAAACAGUUUUCACUGGAAGAAGAAACAGCCCUGAAAGAACCAAUAAUAGCAAGAUUUGAGGAAGAAGGUAGCCCUUACUAUUCUAGUGCUCGGCUUUGGGAUGAUGGAAUAAUUGAUCCUGCAGACACCAGAUUAGUACUUGGUUUGAGUCUUAGUUCUGCUCUAAAUGCUCCUACAGAAGAAACACAUUUUGGAGUUUUCAGAAUGUAACCCCUCUACAACCCUCAGAUGUGUACCGGAUCAGCCAGCAAAAGCUGUAGCAAUUUUGUAUGUCAGAUUGUGGCAGAUGGGUAAUAUAACCUUUUACUUCUCGGCUACUUGAGUGAUUUCAUUAUUUUUAGAUGGGCUUCCUUAAUGGUCUUAAAUUUAUUUUAUAGACGGGGAAUUAUGAAGUGUAACUGGUAGACAGUCCAUUUUUAUUAAAUUAUACAAACUUUGCAUUUACAGAUAAAUCACACAAUUAAAAAACCUUUAAGAGCUUGUUCAGAUGUCAACAUUGAUAUCCACGUCGUAAAUCUGAAACCUUAUUAGAGAGCACAAAAACUUUUAAGAUUCUUCAGGAAUAAAUAAUAAGGAUACAAUCAGGUGGCUCUGGUUAAGGUGACUAUUAAAAUACUGUUAAAAAAAAGAAUGUAAUGAACAUUAUCUGUUUUAGGAAGGACCUUUAACAUUUCACAGAUGACUUUAUAAUCAUGGUAAUAACUGUGGGUGCAGCUACUUUAUUCAGAGUACUUUGCACAGCAUUUCUGUAGAGUAUGGUCAGUCUCUGUGUGUUUGCAUGUUAAGCUUACGUCGUCAUUAUUUAUGUUGGAGUAACGCUGGACAGUGAAGAUUUUGCUUUCUGAAGACUUUUGCAUUUUUCUUACAUAGUUUGGCCUGCUGAUAACAAAAAUCACCUUUAUAUUUUUCUAUCAUGUACCUUUUUAUUGCAGUCACCAAUUUCUGUGAUUUCCUCUCAUAAGUAUCCAAUACAACUAUAGCUGGAACACCUAAAAGGAGUGGCACCACUAGUAGGAAUGCAGCUCAGAUAUACCUCGUACUGUGAAUGGGAUAGCAGUGCUAAAGAGUCUCAUUACAUUAAAAAGAACUGGCCGUAGAAAAGUGUGUCACAUAAACCACUUGUCAACCCACCAGAGAUAUGUUUGCCUCCCUUUCAUAUAAAAGUUUGACUGGUUAAAUAUUUCAUAUAGCUGAAGAACAAGGAAGGGGAAGGAUUUCAAUAUUUGAGACAGAUAUUUCCACAAAUAACUGAUGCCAAGAUUAAGGAAGGCACUUUUGUUGGUCCACAAAUCACACCCAUUAUCAGUGACAACUGGUUCAAAGAUCUGGUGGGGUUGGAGGAAAUCACUUGGAAGGCAUUCAUUGAUAAUAUUGAGAAUUUUCUUGGUAAUUUCAGUGAAUCAAAUUAUGUUCAUCUGAUUGACAACUUGCUUCAAGCAUAGAAAUACGCAACAUGUCACUAAAGAUUCACCCUUGGACUUCCUCCUUGGUAAUCUUGCUGUAAUCAGCGAUGAACAUGGUGAAACGUUUUUCCCAGGAUAUUGCAACAAUUCAAAAGAGCUAAUUGGGCAAGUAGAAUCGAUCAAUGCUGGACAAGCUAUCGCCGGACACUGAGCUGAGAAGCCUUAGAUGACAAGAACAAAUGAAAAUCGGCAGCAAAACAUUUUACUUCAUUUGAGUUAUUGCAGUGUGUCAGCAGCAUUAAGUAAUUAAUCUCAGUAAAUUUAAUAAAAAUGUCUUACUCUGAUUCA